GCUGUUGUCAAGGCAGGAUGCAGCCAGCCAGUACUACCGACUCGACUCAUCCGAGUCAUAGCUGGCCGACGGAUAGGUGGAGCGCUUGGCGCAGUACUCGAAGGGGCUCAUGGGAAAUGUAGUCUAUCGUAGGUCGCCAUUGCGCUAUGCCCAUCGUGCUUGGUUUAAAGUUUCACGAUUAAUUGAUAAAACAUACUAAUCUUAAUCACAAACCUGUUAUGUAAAAUAUAUAAUAUAUAUUUUAGAUAAGCUAAAAUAACUAACUAAAAAACUGCUGAUAUGAAACCCAUUUACGGUACAAAGAAUUACUCCAGUUUUGACGUGAACAAAUAUUCCAUAAAUUAAUUGAAUAUUUAAAAAUACAGUGACGUGAACCACAUUUACUAGUUUCUACAUUAAAAAAAAAAAAAAAAAAAAAAAAGUCUAUAUUACCAAUGGAACGAAUCUGCCGCUGCUCCUCUAAGACAACAUUUACCUAAAGCGCUGUCAUUGACAAACAUGGCGGCCUCCACGAGUGCUGCAGAGGUUUUCGGCUCUGAUUCUAAAAGUUCUCCUCCAGCUGAUCCAAACAUAGCAAACUCGCCGAUGCAGUACAGUAUGGUCCUGGAUCAUCUAAUUGGAGACAAGAGGACCGUGAAGGACUUGCACCCUGGCGUUAUGGGGGGACUGCCGGUGCCUCCAAAAAGCGUGGAGCAGAAGAGGAUAGAGAGUGCAAUGGAGAGUUGUGCUUUCAAGUCCAUUUUGGCCUGCGUUGGAGGGUUUGUCCUCGGGGGAGCGUUUGGUGUUUUCACUGCAGGUAUAGACACCAAUGUUGGUUUCGAUCCCAAGGACCCGCUGAGGACCCCAACAGCGCGAGAAGUCCUCAAAGACAUGGGACAGAGGGGCAUGUCCUACGCUAAGAACUUUGCCAUUGUGGGCGCCAUGUUCUCCUGCACAGAGUGCAUAAUAGAAUCGCACAGAGGUAAAUCAGACUGGAAGAAUGCAGUGUACAGUGGUUGUAUUACUGGAGGAGCAAUUGGCUUUCGUGCUGGUCUAAAAGCCGGAGCCCUAGGUUGUGGAGGCUUUGCCGCUUUUUCUGCAGCCAUUGAGUAUUAUCUUCGGUGAUCGUCAAGGACUAAAGUGACUCUGUGACCGAAUUGUCCCUCCGGAUGAGCCUGUGCAGACAGACUAGAAGAGGUUUCUACCUAUUGGUCUGCAAAUGGAAGAGCGAUGCAGAAGCCAACUAGAAUUGUGAUUAGUUGAAUUUCUGUGGUAGUUCUAAGUGGACAGAAAAUGUUUUUUUUUUUUAUUGUUGCCUUAUCAGAAUGUGUCAUUUUCUGUCAGGAUGUUAAGAAUGAUGAGUUUGGUUCUUUUCAUUAAGUGAUGUUUAUGAGUAUUUAUUUGACAACUAUUCUUGCUGGUUUAAUGCCCUUUUCACUUGUAGUUUUAAUGUAGUUAUCAUAAACUAUAAAAACUGAAAGAUGGUCAUUUACCACUAACCCACUUACUGUAUUGUCAUCCAUUCCAUUUGAAACUAAUGUAUAUAAUCAAUUAAAGUUGCAAAAGGUUGGUUA